CUGCAUCUGCAGGACAAGUGGGAUCGCAUGCUCUUUUUCCUGCGCUGCGGCCAAGUCUUCUUUGCUGCCGUGCUGCUGCUCAUCGGAGUCGUGCUGGCGGCUUUCCAGAACAAGUGGAUCGGCUCGCCCUCGGGCCUCACGGGCCUCAUCCUCGCGCUCGCCUCGCUCUCCCUCGUCGCCAGCGCCACGUUCCUCGUCGUGCCCGUCGUGCACGAGCGCAGCGACUACAAGACGUUCAAGAGCCUCAACCGUGCGCUCGGCGAGGCGCGCGUCGGCUUCGUUGUGAAUGGCGGCUGGCUCGGCCUGGGCGCGAUUCUUGCCAUGACGCAGACGAUCUCGGCCUACACGCUCGCCGGCUGCAAGGAUCCCGCAAAGGACUCUCAUGCCGGGAGCUCUAACGGCAAGAAGGAGGACUACAUUGCAGCACUGCCGGGCUUCUGCCGCACCAAGCGCGCCGGCGCUGCGUUCUGCUGGUUCCUCUUCCUGACCUGGGUCGUCUCUGCGCUGCUCUUCCUGCGCUCCUGGCGCCUCACGCGCAAGAAUGGCCCGCGCAUCCCGCCCUUUACGCAUCCGACCGACGACUCUGCCUUUGAGCCAAUCACGGGCGACGACGUCGACGAGGACGACCGGGGCGACUACGCCGCGGCAGCUGCGCAGUCGGCGCGCUACGGCGAGGGCGGCGAUGGCCGGUACGGCGGCGGCUACGAUGUGCGCCCGAGCUACGACGCGGGCAACCCGUUCGGCGACACCGCCGCCGGCGCACGGCCGAGCUACGACUACGGCGCGUAUGGAACCGCAGCGGCGGCGCCGCACACGCCGCAUGCGCCUGGCGGCUAUGCCCACUCGCCGCCGCCGCAGGACCCGUACGCCAUCAUCAAUGAACAGCUCAAUGGGCGCCGCGCGCCCGAGCGGCCGCCGCAGCUGCCGCCGCUGUACUCGCACUGA